UCUAAUAGAGUUUCCCAUUCAUCUUCUUGUGUGGUGAAACAGGAGAAGCAUCACAUUCAAGAGGACAUACUUUGCAAGAAACUUAAACUAGAGGAAGAGAAGCUUAAACUUCAGCAUCUAAAGAAGAGGGCGCUCAGACAGCAGUGGCUGCUGAAGGACUCAGCUUUCCAUGGUGAAAAUCAGCACAGUUUUCUGUCUGACAUGCAGCAGACCAGAGCUUUGCAGCUCAGCGUCCACAGAAUUGAAAUGGAGGUGGACUUUCUGGAGAGACAGGAAUCCAUCAUUUCUACCAAUGAGAGUCUCAUCCUGAACAGACUGAAGGCUGUAGAGAAAAGUCCCAAGGCAAUUAUCACGGAGGCCCAGCACAACUUUAAUGAGUCACUACAGGCAAACACAAAUAAUUUCCCAGAGCAUUCCAACCCAUCAGCCAAAACCCUCUCACAGCCUAACACACCAUCAAAGACUCACUUUAGCAUAGCUGUUUCCAAUGGAAAUGGUUCUUGUGAAGAAUUUAACCACCAUACUGGGCUCAAGUUUUACAAUGAGGACAACAAAUGUCUUCGCGCUGUCAGUCCUCAGCAGGAUUUCCAAGCCCAAAACUUUGUUACUGAGCUGUGUGCCAGUGAGGUGAAGCAGCUGCUGAGAAGUGCUACAAUAUAUAGUCAACCACAACACCACAGCUACCUGGAAGAUAUCAGUGGCUAUGAUGAGCCCAGUCUCUACAAUAAUCAAGAUACGAAGGAAUCCAAGGAAGGACACUACGGUAGCUACAUCCACAGAGGCAAAGAUAGCAUAGCAAAGAAAGACAUUAACCACAGGGAAAACUGGCAAAGAAGACCGCAUGAUGAGCAAUGCUCAAGGACACAUUGGGAUUUAGGUAAUCACUAUAGCAACCAUAAUAUUCACAACGAUUUGUUUCAAAUGAGAAAUUGUCACAGUAUUUUCCAGGAUGGACCUACUAGCCCCCACUCCACCGGCAGCUUCAGAAACAGGAUAAAUGGAAGCAGAUCCAAUCACUCCCUGUCACAUGAUCAGAGUCAAGUGACGGCAUGCUGGACGGAACAAUGUCAUGAAGCAACCAGAUUUAUUUCUGCUGUUGAUGAGGACAAACGUUCCUGCUGCUACACAUCAAACAGUAAAACGGAGACCAGCUCCAGUCAUUGCUCUGUUCUGCACAGUGACCACAUGCACUGCAGUAGGGUUCCCUCCCAUCUUUAUGCAAAUGACACUCCUUACACCAUUCUCCACACUGCAGACAGUUCAGAGCCUGUCACAGCAAUGUUCAUGGGUUUCCAUACAGCACAGGAUGACAGCAGGCAGGUUCAGGAGUUUGAGGGUUGCCUUAAGGCUGAAAUUGUUAAAGUUGAGGAAGACCCUGGUGAGGAUGACUGCUUGAAGGAAGUGAAAAAAUGUUACCAGGUUCCAGCAGGAAACAGAGCCAAAAGAAACCAGGGAAUACUGUACAGAGUCAGAGAGCAGUGGUCAGUGAGAGGGGCUGAGCCAGGUUUCAGAAACAUGAGAGAAAAACAGAUACCAUGCUGUAUGAUUUGCUGAACGUCUAAAUGUGUUGAACUCAUCCUAGAGUUCUACAUAUCCAGGUUACAUCCAGGUUUUCAUGUCCUCAGCACAUGCUUGUAUUCUCUCUAACGGAUUGGAUUCAUCAGGAUUUAUAGAUGGAUAUAGCUGAGCAUCAGCAUAACAGUGAAGAUUUAGACUGCUGUCUGAUGAUUUUUCCAGCUGGAAGUAAAGAUAUAAUAAAGACAAUUGGUCCAAGCACAGAGCCCUGUGCCUCCAUAGGCAAGUAACCCUGAAGUGUGAAGAUUUAUUGUUCACGAGCAAACCGGAAUCUGUCAGAUGUUUGAAUGCUUUCUGCACAUCGCACAUUUAAUGUGCGAUGUGCAGAAAGCAUCCAAAAGUCCAAAGCUCCAGAAGAAGAUAAGUUAACAAAACAAUGUCUAAAAAAAGGACUUAUCCUUCAUGGAGAAAGAAAAGAGGAAGAAUGGAAAAAAGCCAAGAUAGAAAUGUGUAUGAAUAUGUCUUUGUAAUGUAAUGUUUAUAAAAAAGAUUUGUGAAACUGCUAAUAGAAAAUUAGCUUUAUAGCGACCUUGAACGGUUCAGUUCAACAGCCAAACAUUUAUGCUAGUGUCUUUGUGUGGAGCUGAGUUUUAACUUGAAAUGAGUUGAUUCUCCUGCUUGGCUCUGUAUAUUUCUGAGGUUUUCUUUGGCUUCAAAGCGGUGUGUUUGAUAACCUUUGAUAACAAUAAUUAAAACUUCUCAAUGUUU